AUGGCUUGGAAAAAGUCAUUAUGGACUUUCCUUGCUUGUUUUAUUAUAGUUUCAUCAUCUUUAACAAAGUACGCUGAAGCAAAUGAAGAAUAUUUGUAUAACGAUGAGAAUUAUAGAAUGAGAUGUUCUGGGAUGUUUGAUAAAGAAUCAAUACCCAAUGGAGUUGCUCCUCUUAUUUUAUUAAAAUAUAAUGUUGAUUCGCUUCAAGAUGCUGCCACAAUUAUUUAUGAAUGGUCAGAUAGAGAUAAAAUAGGUGUUAUUUCACCAGAAGAUAAUAGCGUAAGUUCAAUCGAGAAAAAAUAUUGUAGUAGCGAAGAUCUUGGGCGAAUCAUAGUUAGUAGUAAUGAAACAAAUUUUGAAAUCAUUCGACAGACAUUCGAUCCUGCAGGAGAAGAUUCAUCAAGCCCUAUUAAAUAUGAAGUAAAAAAAUCAGGCUAUUAUUGUGCAGCUGCGUUACCUUCACCAUUAAACCAGCUUGGUGAAUUUACUGUUACCGUUGAAUGGCAUAACCCAUAUGGUGAAUUGCCUGCAUCCGAUUAUCCAAAAUUACCAUUUUAUGGAUCUCUAUCAUUAACUUAUUUAGUGAUUGGUUUAUUAUGGAUGGCACUUACUGCCAUUCUUUUGUGUUUAGUUGCUGUUUUAAAUGCGGGAAGAAAUUCAAUUUCUUUCUUUAUGCUUUUAAUUGUUUGUAUGGGUUAUGGAGUUGUAAAACCCACACUUGGAAGCACAAUGAAUAAAUGUAGAGGAUUAGCUGCUGCUCAUUUUGUAUUUGGGGUCAUAUAUGCUGGCGGCACAUUAUCAUUAAAUCCUGAUACUGGGAAUCCUUUAGUUCUUUUAGUAAUAUUUCCAUUGGCUUUAACAAUGACAUCAUUCUAUAUCUGGACUUUGCAAUCCAUAAACAACACUUUACAAACGUUGGAAAUUCGUAAACAAACCGUCAAAAGUCUAAUGUACAAAAGAUUAUAUAGACUAUUAGUAUUUUCUGUGACAAUAUUAGGUGUAUUCUUUUUCAUUAACAUGUUUAAUUAUAUGCAUCGAGAAGAUCCUGAAUGGAUACCGAGAUAUUGGAGAUGGAGAUGUGACGAAUUGACACAAUACGAUGAAGAUUACGAUUUGGAAAUCAAUAAUUUACGUACAAUGGACAACAUAGGUUAUGAUAAUGUCAAGUAUCGUAAUGCGGGUGGUGGUGAUGGAGAAAAUAGUGAAACGGAUAGAUUGGCUAAUGAUGAAUCCACUAUAUUUGAUAUUGGAGAUGUUGACGAUGAAAGUUAUACUGAUGGCAAUACACCUAGGAAUAGCACUAGCAAUGUUAAAAAGGAUGAAGAUGAUAAUAAAAACGUCGUUACUAGCGACACUGAUAAACAAACGUAA